AUCGCAAAUUGUAGGCGUACCUAACAGAAAGCUUCUUGGUAAAGAUUGCUCUGCAAUUGUUGCUAAUAACGAGCAUGACUGUCUGAUACCUCUCGCGCUAUCCACAAAGGUGCCUGCAAUGCUCGUCUGCAUUAUUUCGUCUUCAUCUCAACCACAUCACUGCCUUCAUCUCAAAUACUUCCUUGCUCUCAGCCACUUAAGAUUUCGACAGUUCAUAGAAGAAUACCUCCUCCAGCUCCAUCAACAAUGUCGACUGCACAAACAGCAAAGACUCAGUACGUCACGGCGGCCAAUGGCACCAAAUUUGCCUAUCGCAGAAUCGGAGCGUCUACGGGCAUUCCCCUCGUGACGCAUAUCCACUACCGCGCCAAUAUGGAUUUCUGGGACCCGCUCUUCAUCAACACGCUUGCUGCGAACCGCCCGGUCAUUGUUUUCGAUCAAUCAGGAGUUGGAAGAAGCACUGGCGAAAUCCCAAACACUUUCCAAGGCUGGGCGAACGACCUCAUUGCUUUCGUCAAGGCCCUAGGACUGGCUCAAAUCGACCUCCUCGGCUUCUCCAUGGGCGGCUGCGCAGUUCAGAUGGUCGCAUUGACAGCACCCGAGCUCAUCCGCAAGCUCAUCAUCGCAGGUAGCGCAGCGUCUGUCCCAACUGCUGAAACGGUUACCGAAAUCGUGUGGCCGCAGGUUCAGGCCGAUCCCAAGUACAUCAUCAAUCUCAACGACGCAGUUACUCCAGAAGAGGUCAAGUAUACGCUGGAAUACACUUUCUUUCCCGAAGACAAGAUCGGACGCGAUGCUGCAGAAGCCUACUGGAAGCGAGUGCUCGAACGCAACGUUGCGGAUGAGCCCAAGAAUCUAGAGCUCGUUGACCGCGACACGGGCGCAAAGGUUCAGCUGGCUGCGUUUCUCGAGGAUUGGAUCGUGCCGAAUCCGCGCAACUCGUUCGACAGACUGGGAGAACUCAAGAUGCCGGUACUCGUGAUGAACGGGGGUGAGUCUCCAUAACCAAUCCUUAUGUCUGCCUUUGCUUACACGUAUUCUACCAGACCAUGACGAGCUUGUCCCGACAAGCCGGAGCUGGGAGCUGGUAACCAAGAUUGAGAAUGCUCAGUUGAUAAUCUAUCCCCACGCGGGCCAUGGUUUCAUCUACCAGUACGCGGAAUUGGUAGGAUCAAAUGUGAACCGUUUCUUGGAUGGAAAGGACUAUGCGGCAAUCUGGCCCCAGCUGUAGACUGCGUCUCGCCUAAAAGCAUUAGAAUGUCCGUGUAGCGAUAGAAUUAGCGAAUGCUUGCUUAUAGAACGUGGCGUUAAUACUACCGUGUCUUUGAGCCCAUUAAAAGAG